UUGUCCGACAAGAAAAUAUUGGGCUACAAUAAAAGACGAAGAGUAAGGCUCGGGCCCCUGAUGAUUGGGGCUUGUGUGGUCUCUAAACAUUGUCCCAGCCCAGAGCCCCAACACACACACACACACUCUCAGCACUGAGAUGUCACACCAUUCCAACAGCACAGUGCGAGAUCACAUGAAAUGGGCUGGGUUGCUGGGCUGUGAAGCAGUGCUGUCCAGCAUGGCACUCAUGCAGGCCGGCUCAAUGCCCAGCCAUAGGAAGAUGAGAGAAAGCAACCACAACCAGGACACACACAGCCAACACACACACAUGGUGCUGCCCUCUGGAGUCAGCUGUCCACCACUGCUCAUCCGCAAAGACCGAGAGUUUCACUCGUCCAGGCUUUUGGAUGAAAAGGAUGUGCAAAUCAGCCAGAACGUGCAGCCAAAGAAGAAGAACAGGAAGUCUGGACUUCCCACCAGAAUGAGAGAGAAACCCCAGGCAUGCAUUGAAGUGGAGAUUCCUGACGAUCAUGAUGAUCACUCGCUCGGCUCUCAAGUGCAGAAGAAUUUCAUAUGCGAGCACUGCUAUAGUGCUUUCCGCAGUAGUUACCAUCUCAAACGUCACAUUCUCACUCAUACGGGGGAAAAGCCAUUUGGUUGUGAUAUGUGUGAUAUGAGGUUUAUCCAGCGCUACCACCUGGAGAGACACAAGCGUGUUCACAGCGGUGAGAAGCCUUAUCAGUGUGACCGGUGCCAACAGAACUUUUCCAGAACCGACCGGUUACUGCGGCAUCGACGUUUGUGUGCUGUGGGCGUCCCUAAAGAGGAGAACCAGCCGUGCUGUGAGGGACGGUCGUAUUCUCAGGACCCGUCCCAGCACGCGGCAUCGUGGAGCCCACUGCAGACAAACAACAGCAGGCUGGCGGUGUGACAGUCUGUUCAAUCACUCGUAGCAAAUACAAUGGACUCCAACAUGACCCGACCUGGGGUCUGAGCCUAUAAACUGUUUAAAGACUCCAGCACUGCCCCAGUGGACUCUUUUUAUACCGGCUAGAUUCUGGAAAAUAGCGUAUUUUUUAUUUUAGAUGGUACUGUGAUGAGCGAACGGGUUAGUUGUGCAUUCAGUCCAGGCAAAUAAUGGCAUCUGGUAGUUUAGAAUUAGUUCAUUCUGUAGCUCCUGUGCAGAACUGUAGAUUGUCGUGAUUAUCUCGAUGCUCAGCGAACCUUUGCAUAUAACAUCAAAUUUGAUGAAAGGAUAGGUCAAUUAUGAGAAUAGUCCAAAAGAGAAAAUUCUGUCAUUAUUUACUCACCUGAUCUCAUUUCAAACCUGUUUGAGUUUCUUGCUAUUGUUGAAUGUUGGAAACCAAAUGCCAUUGACUAUGAAAAUCAAUGUCAACAACAAUGCUGGGUUGUUGCAACCCAUUACUUGGUCAAAUAUAAACAAACAUAACUAUUAGGUCAAUAAGUGCAAUUUAAAUUCAAUUGGGAAAAUUGGGUUACAACAAUCAUUGGCAUUUUUCUAAAAGUCCACUUUUGUGUUUUGCAAACAAAAAGUGCAACUCGUUAAUGGUUCAACCACUUGAGAGUGAGUAAAUGGGGAGUAUAGUUUUAUUUUUGGUUGAACUAUUUCUUAAAGGGCAAACCUGGAGUUUCACAUGUGAUUUGGUCAUGCAAAUUUGUUCCAAAACAAUAGAGAAUUCUGCCCUAUAUAUUGUUUUACACAACUUUUGAUAAUAGAUCAACUUUUUUUUAGCCCCCCCAAAUAUCACUGAAUAUAUAGUCACAGAACCUUUACGAUAUGAAUCUGCGAACGACUAGAGUUGUUGCACGUGGCCUUUUUAAUCUGAGAAAUUAGCUUAGUGACAAUAGAUACAUUGUGAAUUUAGUAGUUUUCCCAACGUGCACAUGAAUCAAUUCCUGUUUUAUGAGGAGUAAAUUCUCAAUAAAGAAAUACUUCACCCUAAAAUAAAACUAUAGCUCAUCAUUAUGGUGAAUAUGUGCUGUCAAACUUUAAACAGCUGAUAAAUAUAAUCCACACUGCUCUGAUCCAUCAUUGUGAAGGGUUACGCUACACAUUUGUAAUAAAUAAAUUAAUCAUUAAGA